AUGUCGACAAUAAAACCUCAACAACUCCACUCGACCAUUCAAACCGAAAGACACAAAGGUGAGGAUCAAGGGCUGACGGGAAUGCUGUUAAAGAAAAUUUUGGCACACUUUGAAAUGAAGAAGAUUGAAAAUCCGAACGGAUUUGAAGAAUUUCUACGUGAUUAUAUUGUGAAUAUGCCUGAAGACUCGAUAAAGAUAUUCUUUUCGUUUAAGGAGGAAGCUAAAUCGGAGGAAUGUAGAAGGAUAUUGAAAGAAUUUAAAGAACAUCAACAAGCUGUGGAAGAAAUUAUGAAGGAAGAAGAAUCGGAAGAAAAGAAAAAGAAGAAACAAAACAAGUAA